AUGUACGUGUCACUGACGUCCCGCCCGGAUCUGGCUGUUGCUGCAAAUUAUUUUAGCCAGUUUCAGGUUUGCCCCAACGAGAUCCACUGGGCCCACUUGCGCCGUGUAUUACGUUACAUAAAAGGAACGCUGGAUUUUGGGCUAGUCUACCGAGGAGACGAUGCUGGCCCAUUGCUCGAAGCAUAUUCCGAUGCCGACUGGGCGAAUGAAAUCACCGAUCGUCGGUCCGUGUCGGGUGCAGUGUUCAAGGUGUAUGGUGCUACCGUGAGCUGGAGUGCGAAAAAGCAAGCUACCGUAUCUCUCUCUUCUACGGAGGCCGAGCUAAUCGCACUAUGCGCGGCCACCUGCCAUGGUCAGUGGUUGGUCAGGAUUCUGGAAGAUCUCGGGUCUAAGCCCGUGGCCCCAAUCACUUACCAUGAGGACAACCAGUCCACAAUGAAGAUUGCCGCUAACCCGAAGGAUUCUGGGCGGCUGAAGCACUUGGACGUGAAGCAUUUUUUCGUCCGAGAACUGUUGGAGAGCAACCAGAUACGCAUCGAGUAUAUCCCUACGUUGAAGCAGCAAGCAGACAUACUGACGAAGAGUCUGCCAGGCCCUGCUUUCAGGAAGUUCCGUGAGUACCUUGGAUUGACCAGUAGCAGAGUUUGA